AUGAAUGGUGAACAAGAACAUCUUAAAUUUCAUUGUCUAGGAGGAGGUAAUGAGGUUGGCCGUUCGUGUCAUAUCUUAGAAUAUAAAGGGAAAGUGGUUAUGUUGGAUGCUGGUGUUCACCCAGCUUAUACUGGUAUUGAUUCCCUACCGUUCUAUGAUGACUUUGAUUUAUCCAGGGUGGACGUCUUGCUGAUAAGUCACUUUCACUUGGAUCAUGCUGCAUCAUUACCAUAUGUGAUGCAGCACACUAAUUUUAAAGGGAGAGUGUUUAUGACAUAUCCAACAAAGGCGAUUUAUAAAUGGCUAUUGAAUGAUUUUGUUCGUGUUACACAGAUUCAGGAAGACGAGGGUACUAUUGGAGAAAAUGCCAAUAGCUUUUUAUAUACUAAUGAAGACUUAAUGGAUUCCUUUGACAAAAUUGAAACUGUCGACUACCAUUCCACCAUAGAAAUUGACGGUAUUAAAUUUACUGCCUACCAUGCAGGUCACGUUUUAGGUGCAGCUAUGUUUUUCAUUGAGAUGGGUGGAUUAAAGAUUCUCUUUACUGGCGACUAUUCACGUGAAGAAGAUAGACACUUGAGCUCUGCAGAAGUCCCAGGUAAGAGACCAGAUCUAUUGAUCACGGAAUCUACGUUUGGAACUGCAACCCAUAUCCCGAGACUCGAACGUGAACACAAACUAACAAAGAUGAUACACUCAACUAUACAACAAGGUGGUAGGUGUUUGUUACCGGUGUUUGCUUUGGGUAGAGCCCAAGAAAUUUUACUAAUUCUGGAAGAAUAUUGGAAGGAUCAUAAAGACUUACAUAAAGUUCCAAUCUACUAUGCAUCCGAUUUGGCUAGAAAGUGCAUGGCUGUUUACCAGAGAUAUAUCUACAUGAUGAACGAGAGUAUUCGUGUUAAGAUGGCCGAAACCAACCAAAAUCCUUUCUUUUUCAAAUAUAUAAAAAAUAUCACCCAUAUAGAUCGAAUGAAUGAUCGUCAACCAUGUGUCAUGAUUGCAUCUCCAGGUAUGCUACAGAAUGGUUUGUCUAGAAGAGUGUUAGAGAAAUGGAGUCCAGAUCCAAGAAAUUCUCUAAUUCUAACAGGUUACUCUGUCGACGGUACAAUGGCAAAAAACAUUUUACGGGAGCCUAAUGAGAUUCCAUCUGUUGAUAAUCCAGAGGUAACUAUUCCCAGGAGAAUUAACGUGGAGGAAAUUUCAUUUGCUGCUCAUGUAGAUUUUGAGCAAAAUGCAGAGUUCAUAGAUCUUGUUAAUCCCAAGACCAUUGUCCUAGUUCAUGGUGAGUCCAAUCCAAUGGGGAGGUUGAAGUCAGCAUUACUAUCUAAAUACCAGAAACUGAAAUCGACGGAAGAAGAAAUUAAGAUAUACAAUCCCAAAAAUAGUACAGUUCUUCUACUCGAGUUCAAAGCACAAAAAGUUGCCAAAGUCGUCGGUAGUCUAGCAAACAAACUACCAGAGAAUGGUGAUAAAUUGAGUGGUGUCCUUGUCCAAAAGAAUUUUGAUCUUAACUUGAUAGCAGUCGAUGACAUUAAAGAAUUUACGACUCUUACAACUACCACUAUAGAACAAAAACAAAAAUUACGCUGUAACGCAAACAGAAGUUUGGUUGAAUGGCAAUUUUCUCAGAUGUUUGGAUCCAUCGACGUAAUCAAUGACUCUGAUGAUCUCUUUGAAUUUGAGGUGAUGAACUCCGUCAAAAUUAAGCAUAAUGAUUACCUAUAUAUCACCGAAGUACAGUGGAUAUCGGGUGCUAUGGAAGACACAAUUGCUGAUUCCUCCAUUGCUAUUUUGCUAAGCUGUGAUUCAUUGCCCGCAUCAGUUAAGUUAACUUCCAAAUCUUGUUCACACAACGGCCAUUGUCACCACUCUCAUUCUCACGAGGAAUCUAAAACCGCGGAUUUUGAAAAACCAGUGGUGAAACAUGAACACGGUGAUGUUGGUACUCUGAUCAAGGGCGAGCCAAUGACAGAUGGCAGUAUCAUUAAAGCAGAGCCAGGCAUCAAGCAGGAGGGUAACGAUACCACUGGUGAUGAAAUUAAGGUCAAGAUAGAGCCAAAAGGUGAUGAAGACGCUGAGUAUUGGCUGAACACACAAGUGAAAUCAGAGGAAUCAGAAAACGUAAAUAAUGAAGACGUCUCUUUAAAACUUGACAGAAUCGCUACAAUAUUGGCCACCCAAUUUGGGGACGCAUUUGUCCACAAUAGGGAAGAGAACAUGGGCAUAAUUAAAAUUGGAAAAAAUGAGGCAAUCAUCACGUACGACGAUUUUAAAGUUGAAUGUAAAUCGGGAGCUCUGAGAGGAAGAAUAGAAGGUAUCCUCAGUCGUGCACGCGAUCUUGUUUCGCCUUUAAAUUGA